UUUACGCCGCAGUGCAUAGGCAAUCCCGCAACGACAGAGAGCCAGUUGUCCUCGCAUGUGGUACCUCGUAGCAGCAGUCAUCUGUCCUCAAAUAAUACCUAAAUUCCGCUGCGGGGGGGCCAUUACUUUUCGAAAUGUUUCGUACCACCCGCGCAUGAUACGAUUUGGAGCGCAUCCAUUUCGAACAUCACAGUAGAGAGGGACCAUUGUAUCAGUGAUGCGUUAGAAACUUGCGUCUGUGGUUGUGGCAGUAAGGCUAGUGUAGAGGUAUGUUGUCGUAUUUAGUUGGACUGGCAGCUGUAAAGAGCUGGUAUAGAGCUAUUGGAACCUCCUGCCUGGAAGUAUAGAGGAUUCGGUCGUGUGUUAACAAUGCUAUAGGCAGCUGUGGUAGCUAGACAUACUUGAUUCGGGACUUGUGCGAUAACCGCCACUGUUACUCGCUUAGCUGCUCCCGCCUGUUGACCCGUUGUUUUUUAAGGAAGGAUCGUUUUCUUCAUAGCGAAGAGAGGACCUGGACAACAAAGCACUCGUUGAGCAGAUCAAUCUGUCAUUAAAGCUUCCUGUGUAGCUUAAAGAUUCUUGCAAAAAAACUUUCAUGUGUUUAGAUGUUAUUUUACUGUAGUGUGUGCACUGAUGUAGUCGUCAGGUUACGUCGCUAGCGCCAAGUUGCCCAUGAGUCUUCUGUUGUCAUCAGGCAGUUUGCCAGAGCUAGACAGCGUCAGUCGGUGCAAUAGCAGGGCGACGUUUUCCGAUGGGCGGUCGGAUGACAAGGUCGGCCGAAUAAAGAGUGGCAGGCACAUCCGGGAAACGACUUGAUGGAGUAACCACGAGAGAUUGCUGGCGACAUAUCGCUGUUUUGAAUUUGCAACGACAUCGGUGGUAAUAAUAUGAAUAAUAAUAAUAACAAUAAUAAUAAUGACGAAGCGAUGAGGCAAAAAACUGUUAAUAGAUUUGAGUACCAGAGACCAUAUCGCACUUUCUUUUAGAGUCCCAUUUAAUUUGAUUGUUGUUACGGGAAUUACGUAAAAGGCGUAAUACAUAUGACUGCCAUCAUUACACUACUCCUUUCCACCACGGUGAUCACCAUUUUUAGCUAGAGAGCGGUUAGUUCGUAUUACUGCUGAGUAGAGUAGUGUUAAAAUGCUGGUUCGUGAGACAAUUCGGUUUGGGCUUGUGUACGUCAGCUGAUUUCAUCAAUCGUGGUAAAUUUGCGGAUGCUUUCAUGGAGACUGCCUAUAGAAUCAGUACUGUCCGAGCGUGCAAAUGCAAGAGCUACCUAAGUGUGGCGUGUAAGCAUUUCCUUCUCCAAUAUUUACUUCCAAGCAUUUGUGUUCAUAUUAAAGGCAUACAACGUAUACAUGUGGCUGAAACACUGCUUCGGAACAGAAACUGACCUAAACUCAAAACGUUUAUUGGCUACAUAUCUUUGCGUCUUCCUUAACGACAAGCAUUAUUGUUCUCUUACGGUUCGCAGUGUUGGCAGAUAUUUGACAUACAGAGGAAUUAUAUGCUAAUAAAAAUCUACUGCCACACUUUUAAACGAACGUUAAUCGCACAGAGAAAGCGCGGGCGUGGAAUACUGUACGGUCACAGUAGCGCAUACAACGACUACAGAUUAAUAUUACAAGUAUUAAUAUUGAGACCGACAAGAAGAUCUAUGAGAUUAUAAAUAGCAUAGAUGUAGAACAUUUGACCGUGUUCACCCAUAAGCACCGGGAGGCGUUAACGUAAUUCAUCCAUUUCGCACUAAUAAUCCGCAUCGAAUACAUAUAGUGGGUUGCCUAACACUAUCCAGUUACUUGCUCGAACGUAACUUACGAAAUAAAUGCAGUUGCUCGACUUGAAGCCGAGUUCUGAGCUAGAACUCGUUUAGUCGUUUGAUUAUCAGUUUCCUCAUCUCAGUUAUCUUGGUACACUGUUUGCUUGAGCUAGUACAUCGUUCGAGUCACUCCGUCACGUUACUGUAAUAUUUCAUUACUCUGUUUUAGUAUAUUUAUAACAGGGCUUCGGUAAUUCAUCACCUUACUUCCAUUGUUCAAUCUACCGGGCUCAGAUCUAUUAUUAUUAUUAUUAUGUUCCAAGUGCUGUGACACCUCCGAGCCGAUUAUACCGUGUAAUUUCAUUGCAACAAAGUCGUCGCCGUCCUACCAUUGACACAUUACGCUCUUGUAAUUAUCUCACUGUCGCAAAUACCAGUGCGUUGUGUUCCAGCGGUGCUUCACGGCGAAAUUAGGACAGUGCUGCCCAUUGAAGGCUGACAAGUAAAUUUGACGGACGUGCGACGCUACAAAUAAAAAAAUACAGAGUUCGCAAAACGUGAUCACCAACGCAGGAGCAAAAGUGCCUUAAUUUUCCCCUGUCCACUUCCAAACAGUGCCUGUACUCCAUCAUAGCGCUUCCCUGCCAUUAAAAGGUGUUUAGGGAUCUACAAACAACGAGAGGAACUCAUAUCUGUCCAUCGCUUUGUGUCCACCAGUGAAACAAACAUAAGAACUUUCUGCGAAUCAACUUAUUUCCGUGAAGGGGGAAACGUGACUAAACAGGUGUGGCUGCCGGGAUGAACGGCGAGCCCCGGCGGGGUCGGAGGGCCCGGGGCCACCAUGGACGCGAUAGGGAUCAACGCGGCGAUAAUAGAUCGGAACGAUCAGAUCGAGAAGGUCGAGGUGAUCGAGCCAAUGAAAAUGAUAUCGGUUCUCUUGGAUCGAAUAACCAUAUUGGAACAAAAGGCGUCGUCAUUCUUGCGAAAAAAGAUUCGCAGCGAGACAAACCCAAGGAUGAACCACAAGUUGUCCGCGUCGAGAAACGAGAAGAACGGAAAACCGACGAUGCAGUCGCAGCAUCCCCUCUUCUUCUCAGGAGCAAUCGAGUCGCGCCUGCUUCUGCACAAUCGCAGACGCCUCACAAGCCCCAGCUUAACGUAGCGAGCCUUCAAGCCAAGUCAAGUCUGGCGGCAAAAGCUGUUAGUGAAGCGGUUCGCAGCGGCGGUAUUGUCGGCAAUGGUCGGGGUGAAAUGAUGCAGCGCGCCAAAUUCCUGAACAAGCAUGGUGAACUGGAGGAAGACCUCCUGCAGUAUCUCACUGACGAUGCCUACUUUAAAGUCGUCGGGGUAAUUGGACCUCAAGGAACCGGCAAGUCGCAUGUGUUAAACGUGUUAGCCGGUCGAGCAGCAUUUCCGGUGGAGCGUACGGAUGAUACUGCCUCGUGCCGCCCACGCACAGUCGGAAUUGACGCAUUCGUCACCCCCGACCGCACCGUGCUCCUUGAUGUUCAGCCUGUGCUGUCAUUGUCUGCUAUGGAUGCGCUUAUCCAAAGCGAAAAGAGAACCCCAUCGGGUGCAAUAGAUUAUCAUCAGUCGCUGGAAAGCCAGGUGAUGGUUGAGUCGCUGCAAACGGCAUGCUUUCUUCUAUCUGUCUGUCAUAUUGUAAUCGUGUGCUUCGACUGGUUUCUUGAUCGGGACCUCGCCCAGUUCCUUCAGUCUGCCGAAAUGCUCAAGCCAGCUACACCGCGAAGUCCUGCCACAAAUAUGCUCGACGACGAUAUCUCAGAUUACUUUCCUCAUGUGGUGUUUGUUAAAAACAAAUGCGAUUUUGUGAGUUACAAGGAGAACAAAACAAUGGCUGCUCAGCUUGCACGUGUAUUCAAGGAUUCGAUGCUGAUGAUGCGAGAUGGCGUUACGAACUCGUUCGGGCGAGCAGUAUCUGACGAGGCAGUGAACAUAUUCCAGAUGCCAUUAAAGAGCGAUCCUAUGUACGAGACCUGUGCCAGAGAACUUUUGUCGAAGGUACUAAGCAUGCCAUAUGACGACUUCAUUGAGCUGAAGGCCGGCAUCUUUAGCGAACGCCACUGGUUUCAGUAUGCAACGAAGAUCUGGGAAGGCAUACGCAAAUCGGGCAUGUUCCAGGAGUAUAAGCGACUCCUCGUGUGAGCCAGCAUCGGCGCCCUGAGGAACGGCUCUUGGAGCCCGGAUUUGAGUCUAAACCUAAAACACAGCGAGAUGCUUUAACGAGAAAAAAGAAAGCCAACGACACGAACAAGAAGACGCAAGCAGUAACAACAAGAUGAUGACAGACAAAAACACCAGAGGCGAGAGGAACAGACGACGAGCAGAGGAUCGAGAGCAAGAGGCACUGUGUGUACGAAGGAAAGGACUACCUAUGAUCAACCAGCCUGUCACCAGAACGGUUAUCAUCUCGCCAGUCGGUUGGUGACAAUGAAAUGCUAACGGUAUUCAUGAUGCUCAAAUGCAAUCGAACUCCUGCAAAUAAAUGCGACAACAAGCAAUCAAUGCAGGAACAAAUGCAAGCUGCAGCGGCUGUAAAAACAGCAGCUGCAGCAGCAGCAGCAGCAGAAAAGGAAACAAAUAAAGAAACGCAACAACUUCAAUCAACAUUAAAGCAACGCAGAACAGAGGAGAUGCGAUACGACUCUCCGGGAGUAACUGAAAAAUUUGCUUUGAUUGGAACAACAAAGACGAUGAUGAUGAUCAUAGGGGAAAUGGAAAAGACCGAAAUUAUAUAAAAGCGAGCGGUGGGCUUUGAGAGAGAACGACAAGUAGCUUAAAAGCAACGAUUAAUGAUUUACCGCAAAUCGCUAUAAUAUGUAAAUUAAUAAUAGUAUUGAAUUAUUACUAGUUCAUUCACUAGAUUUAUGGAGAAUUCGAAAGUGGUGAGCAAGUACGGUGUGCAUUUUGCAUUUUGUAAAUGCGAAACCAACUAAAUGCAGACGCGAGAAAUCAUCAUCCUUCUCUCUCAAAAUUCCUUCACAGAAUGGUGAAGAACAAAAAGACAUGGAGGCAAGGUCUUAAAAAUGGAACGAGGAGAGUCGUACCAUCCUUUUGUGGGUCGCCGCUACGGAUGUCGGGCGGUGGCGCUUGGAACGGCGCAGAGGAAGCGAUCAGGAGAAUGGCAAGCGAACAAAAAAGGAUAAGUGCACCUGAAUCAAUGCGUUACGUUUUUCAGCAUUGUCAAUCAUUGUUUGGGUUAGAGCGACAACAUUUCGAUAUUGAGCUCUACCACUAAAUAAGAAAAGAUAGUUCCUGGAACUAUUGACCUAGACGGCGCACCUUUACUAAAGCAGUUCUCGUGUGCUUAAUAAGCCAUCUCUUUAGGCCACUUCCUUUGACAGUAGACGUCAAUCGUCAACGUAAACGACAAUAAACCACGUCAAACAUAACAAGACUACAUCUCUACGAAAGCCAGUUCAGUGCCAUCCUCUUCAUCCAGAGUAAUGUUCAAUGUGUAGCCACGUGUGUUGUACCCAUAGAGUAUGCUGGUCCCUCUGUACUGCGUAAAGCCAAUAAUGUGCUGCCAAAGGGAGCAAAAUUGUUGUACGAAAAAGACGCAACGUAUUACCGCUAGCGCAGUACAAUCACACGUAACGAAUGCAGUCUGGCAAUUGCUCAACAAUUGCGCACAACAAUUGAUUAUAUCAAUAUUUAGACACACACUCUCAUUCACAUAGACAACAAGCAAUAUGCAACCCUACCUCCGUCCAUACAGUGUCCUCCCCCGCAACUCUCAGCAUUCAGGGGGCUGUUGAAACUGGCGGCCAAAAGCUAUUCGAAGGUCACUGACAGCGUCGAGUGUACACGCUCAGUGGCUGAGCUGUUGAACAAAGGUUCAACUCCGUGCCGUCACACCAGCUCCCGGCUUAUAAAGAACCAACAAACCAAGUUAAUAUAUCGAAACAACAGCGCUAAAAGGCGAGAUAACACCCACGAACAGCAUCAACAAGCUAAUAAGCAAUACCAAUAAAAGCCCGUCGUUUCAAAAUCGAGUCAACAUUUACAGCGACAAUGGUAACGGGAACAAACCAGCUAUGGGAACCUACCAUCAAAUCAAAAUACCAUCGGCAACUGCAAACGAACCAGUGUACAUCAGUAGUCUAGUAGCAAACAGACGGGAACAAAUGGCAAAGAAAGCGAGCAGUCGAUUAUGCCUAGGCGACUAAUUACUAAAGAGCUUUAAUCAAAUCUGCUCGCAACGGCACGGAAUGUUAAUAGCACCGUAUGUAUGUAAACACGCAUCGAGUGCCAGUAUUGAAAUUGGCGUUCUCCAAGGCCUGAAAGCCAGAAAGCACGCAAGCAAAAGUCUAUUGUUAGCUGUAUAACCCAACGAUGUUAAGAAAGUCCGACCAUAAAACUAGCCGCGCCGUACCUUGCGCCGUGUGUCGAUUGUAUCGAUGGUUCAAUAUGCUAUUCAGCCUCGAAAGAAGUGGAGACAGAACAUCGUAUGGUCGUAAUAUGGUCCCUUAGAUAGAUCUAUAUGUAACAUGCGCAUUGUGGUUUAACAUAUCGAUAAGUAGGUAGUAGAAGAGAAAUUGAAAUUACAUUGAACCCAACCUUGUAAUCCAUGGACUUUAUAAACCUGCUGGUAAAAUCUGUAAUGGCCCAUGUUCUGAGCUAAUAUCAGUUUGGUGUAAUUAAUUAGUAGGAUGUUUUUUACCGCUUACCUUGGAAAAAAUAGGUUUCAAUUUGCAGUAUAUAAAGUGAUUGAAAAUUUGAUGAAAUCGGUGUAACAAGGGGAACAGUAAAUGAUGAAACUAGAAAAAAAUUCAAGAUAAGGAUUCUGUGAAAUGCUCAAUCUUUGGUCCGAGAUCUUUCCUGUUUGUGCUCGACAACGUAUUCGUUGUUCUGUGUGCAAAUUAAAGAAGUUUAAUCACUCAAAACAAUUUUACAAAACUUUCUUACAAGAUGCCGGGUUUAUAAUUUCCUACUAGCCUAGACAGCGGUUUACUGUACUUUUGGACCUACUAACGACCUAUCGAGGGUAUUCGAUGCGUUUACAUUUGCUGAUGGUGUUGCGAAAAUGCGCAAGAGUAGAUUAUUGGCUCCUAGAGUGAAACGACAUAUUAAAGCCUCUACUCGAACAGACAAGUAAGAAUUCAGAGGUCAAGAAAAUAAUCAUGAACGAAAUUUAUUAUACGGGAAAUAUCCUAACGGAAAGGCUUAAAAGACUUUAAAUGUACUCCCACAAGCAGGCAUUAACUAGGGUUGGCGAAAAAGGAGUCUUAGAACAAUAGGAACAAAAUGAUGUAAUUUAUUUCUUUCUGCUUUUUUUUAAUUGUCUUUAAUUCACCUGUGGAGGGGCAAUGUGGUCCUCACCAGGCGACCCAGGCCCAAAAUAAUCGCUCGGAACUAACAAUCUGUGUUUACUUUUUCUUCGGCGCGAGCUCUAGGCCUCGCACAUAGUUCCGUGGAAUCUUGUACGUUUCUGAAAGAUCAGGUAAAAUGUGGACAAAAGCAAAUCGACAAGGAAUUAUUCAGCCGGAUUAUUUCGAAACAACAGAAAUUUCGGUGUAUAGGGAAGUAACAUAAAAAUUAUGAUUUGUCUGUUGCACAAAAACACGUAGGGAUGAUAUAAUUUCGCAAUGGCG